UCUUCUUUGCUAGAAAUAACCAAAUCUACCAGAUUUUUUAAGUCGAAUAUGUGGGAUCAAAGACCUAGUUUCAGGUUUGAGAUAGAUAACUUCUCGGACAAGAAAGCUGUCAUAACGUCUAAGGAUUUCGUGGCUGGCGGAUGCGAAUGGUAUCUUGCAGUUCAUCCCAAGGGAAAUUACAAUGAUCAGUUGUGUUUGUUUCUCUACGUUGCAAAUCGUAAAUCCUUGCGAACUGGUUGGAACAGAAGUGCUAAAUAUUAUUUCCUAGUGUUGAAUGAUUCCAACAAAAAACUCUAUAAAUCAUCAAUAUUGGGAAAGACGUUGUUUUGCGCUGAGAAUCCAGCACGGGGUACCCGAAAGACGUUGCCUCUAAGCAAGUUUCAGGAAAAAGGGUUUUUGGAGAAGGACAAACUCAUCAUUGAAGUCUACAUUAAUGUUGUUGAAGCUUUCGAUGGAAAAGGCGAGGAGGACAUCAAUGGUUUUCAAGUUUUUGCUGCUCAUGUUGCUUCAGUGAAAAAGAUAUUCGCAGAGACAGAAUACAAGAAUACUCUAAGCAACGCUUGCAGCAAGUUGAGUGAUCUUGCGGAAGUAGGAGUCAAGCUGGACUGGUUGAAGUCAAAGUUUGAUGAAGUUUCCUUCAAGAGGAAGAACGCAGACGACGGUGCUGAUGAUGAGUCUCUGGUCCAACAACUCGAGGAACGCAUCAAGAAUCUUGAACUAAUGGUAUCAGGCUUCAAGAAGGACUGUUCCAAGUCAAAGUCCAAUAUGAAGAAAUCACAUGCUGCUGAUGAGUGUCGUUUCCAAAAACUUGAAGAAAGCGUCAAGAAUCUUGAGCUGAUGGAAUUAGGGUUGAAACUGGACAGUUUGAAGUCGAAGCUUGAGGAGGUUUCCUUGGAGAAGAAGAUAUCACAUGAUGCUGAUGAGUCUCGGGCCAAACUACUCGAGGGACGUGUCAAGAACAUUGAGCUAAUGGAAACAGCCUCUAAGCUGGACAGUUUGAAGCUGAAGCUUGAGGAAAUUGCCUUCGAGAGGAAGAAAUCAUAUGAUGCUGAUGAGUCUCGGGUCCGACAACUCGAGGAACGCAUCAAGAAUAUUGAGCUGAUGGAUUUAGGAUUCAAGCUGGACUGUGUGAAUACGAAGCUUGAUAAUGCUGACGAGUCUCGAGUCCAACAAUUCGAGGAACGUUUAAGGGACAUGUCAAGGAAUGUGGGAUUCACGCUAAAUUUUUUGAAUACAAAGAUCGAGGAAGUGUCCUUAGAGAGGAAGGAAUCUGAUGAUGCUCGGUUCCAACAACUUGAGGAAAGCGUCAAUAACAUUGAGCUUAUGGUGUCGUCUCUCGAAGAUGAACUAGACAAGAAGAAGGAUAAACCUUCUAAUGAUGGAUUUUGGUUGGUCGACUAGGUUUUUCUUGAUGUAGAGAUCAAGAUUUUUGUUUAUUGA